AUGGAUAAGUUUGUCAUUAGAUCAAAACGUGGGCAACCAAGCUCUAAUGCUACUAUUCCACUCGUUGCUUCAUCCACACCUUCGGAAGUUCAAAGAGAUACUACUCCUUCAAAUAUAGAUUUUACAUAUUUGAAAGCCGGCCCGGAAGAAAGAAGGCCUAUAGUAGAAUAUGAUGCUAAUAUACGUGAUGAAGUUAGAAGAUAUUAUACUCAAAAGGGGUCUUGUCAGCCUAAGGAUCAUAAUUUUCCGAAAACUCAAUUUGGGAAGAAGAAAAUUACAAUGCGUAAAUUUUAUCCCAAUUGGUUGAAGGGUCCAUAUUCCAAGUGGUUAGAGUACAGUGUAUCAAUAGAUGCUGCAUAUUGUUUGUGUUGCUACUUAUUUAAAAAUGAGCAUGAAGUUCGUGGAAAUAUGGCGAAUAUUGCUUUUACGCAAAAUGGAUUUAAGGGUUGGAACAAGGCCUUGGAGAGAUUCGGAACUCAUAUUAGAGAGGUUAAUAGCAUCCACAAUAAGUGUUUAAACAUGAUGAAUCAAUUACAAUCUAUUCACACAUCUUUUGACAAGCAUUCCGAGAAAGAAAAAAAUGAAUCUCGAUGUCGCUUGAGUGCUUCAAUCGAUGUUGCAAGGUUUCUUUUGAGAUUAGGAUUGUCAUUUCGUGGUCAUGAUGAGAGUGUAUCAUCUACAAAUAGAGGUAUAUUUCUUGAGCUUUUACGAUGGUAUGGAAACAUUAAUGAGGAUGUUGGAAGCAUUAUUUUAGAAAAUGCCCCAAAAAAUGAAAUCAUGUGUUAUGCAAAAGAAACAAUCAAGGUUACCAUGGAAGACCUAGAUGGUGAUUAUUUUGGGAUAUUAGUUGAUGAAUCAAAAGAUAUAUCACAUAAGGAGCAAAUGACACUUGUUCUACGAUACGUUGACAAAAAAGGUAAAGUGAUAGAGCGAUUUGUUGGUGUAGUCCAUUUGCAGCUGACACUUGUGGCUCUUGUGAAGAAGAAUUCAGAUGUGGAUGAUUUUUUUUUGUUUAAUUAG